AUGUCGACAAGAUACUACACAUCAUCACAGUCGGGUCCAGGCUACUAUGCUACGAAUGGAUAUGCGACUCCCGCCCCUUCGCCGCCAUCGUAUGCUAGCCCAAGCGCAUACCAAGCAUAUCAACCAAGCACGGAAGCACCGCAGUCCUACAGCAGGCAGGCAAACCAACAACAGCAACAGUACCAGUCGCGACCAAAGCAUGAUCCCAAGUACUCGCAUUCACCACCUUCGAGGCAGCCAUCACAAUGCUCAUCCGGAGCAGCCCAAUACAUCUGCAUGUAUGACUCCUGCCGCCACGAAGGCUACUGCCGCUACGCCGACCUCCAACGCCACGUCGACGUCAUCCACAACACCUCGACUCUCAACCGCUUCAACUGUAUAGUCGAAGGCUGCCAUCGGGUGGGAAUCUACGGUUUUACGAGGAAGGAUAAGAUGGUCGAUCAUCUCCGGGAGGUGCAUAAAUGCGAUAUUCCUAAGCGGGUCAAUGGGGGUGGGGUGGGGAGUCGGAGGAGUAGUGGGUCGUCGUCGUAG